UCUUGAAAAACGAAAGCCAUUAGGAUUGUUUUCCUAUAUUUGAUGAAAGAUAUGGUCCCAGUGAGAGGGUUUGGUACUCGGGUCAACUCGGCAGACAUGUUCAACAUAGGGCAUAGACUCUGUAGGACUUAGAGGUAGCGAUUCUAAUUUGCGUUUAAUUUGUGUAGGUUAACGUUCUAUCUAGAGUCGGAUAGUUCCUUGGAUAAGUCUAGUUUAACCCUUAAUGUUUUUGAGAACUGAGUCCCCGUUGAGUGUCUUAACAAAAACAUGGUCAUCCUCUACCUCGUGCAUUUGGGGAAUGUGGGGACAUGGAAUCUGACCGUGGCGUAGAGCGAUACAAUUCCAAUGAGCCUGAACUAGUAGCAUAUGCUUGCAAUUGGUCAAAUAGAUCAACAAUGAUUUUAUGAGAUUGUUACAUUAUCGUAGCAAUUAUUAUUUAUCAAACGAUGAAAUAUCCAAACACAAGACAUUCAAACAUUCAAACACGAGAUUUUAUGAGUACUUUAUAUAUUGUACGAGAUACUCGAUAUUGACUUCCUAUAUACAAGAUAUAUGAUAUAUUGUUUAGAAUAUAUCCAAGAUAGUCUAACGGCACCAGUGACUGGUAACCAUCAUAAGAACAAUAGGAACGGAUAGGAAAGGAAUGAAUAGAAAUAAAUUUUUAGGAAUGAUAAGGAAUGAUGGUUCUUUAUCAAAAUUAAUAAGGAAUUGAUUUGUUCUAUAAUUCUCUACAAAUAAAGGAAUGAAGAGGAAUGAAAAAGAAUAUUUUUUCCUCAUGAAUGGUAAAAUGUUUAAGGAAUAUUAAGAAACAUAAGGUUUCUUUUCAUUUGGUCACCGGUCACACCCUAAGAGAUUGAGGAAACAUAUUCAUGGAAGUCGGAUCUGUUCAGUUCCAAACCGGUGUACUUCGUUGAAGCAACAUGAGAAAACUCAGAGGGAGCUGUGAAAGUAGGUGACGACCACCAAACAACCCAAGACACAUAUCGGAUUCGGAAACGUACAAACCAGCCUUUCCACUGUGUGAAUAGUUGAGGAUCAAUGAAACUGGGUCGAAUCAAAUUGUUGUUCUCUUUGACAAAAAUGGUGAGAGUUGCGAUCUGAAGAGAACACAUGGGAGUUAUGGAGGACUGACGAAGAAGACUCGUUUUUAAAAAAAAAUAAAAAAAAUUUAAACGACAUCGUGUUGGCUGCAGUUACAUCAAAUUCAUGUAUGUGAUGAACUAACUUUGAAAUCUAGGUAUAAGUAGACUUCUACGAACUCUUUAGAUAUGAAUAAUCAUUUUUCUACUUUCAGGUUCACCUAAUAGUUUAGGGGUUGUCCGGAAUUUUCAUGGUAGAAUUUUGUUGGAUUUGGAUUCGUGUAGGGCAGAAUUUCUAACUCUGAAGGUUCUCAACUGGCCACGAGAAUUCCCUUCAUCCAUUCUUGCACACACACGUAUCCUAGCCGCAUCAUUAAUGUAUGUCUGGGCCAUAAAUUUGGGCAUGGUCUAUCGCCUAUAGUCUUUAUUAAUGCAAACGUUUUAUAUAAUUAAAUUUACAACUGUCGACAGAAAAUAUAUUAAAUUUACAAUUAGUUUAUAAAUAUAGCUAUAUGUUGAUGAAAAUCAAAUGGGUAGUCAAUUCUAUUAAACUAUUUUGCAUUGGUCUAUGUUUGUUUUUAACCUUUUUACAUUCAAAAUUAGUUAAAUUAUCAUUUAAACGUGGUUUUCAACUAUGAACAAUAUUUUACAUGCUUUAAAAAAAAACCCACCGAAGACUAUAAUUAUAAAAACAUCAAUAUAACUCAUCCAAUUUUGUUCAAGAAAAAAAAAACUCAUCCAAUCAUAUGAUUGAAUAAUUAUUUAUUAACUAAAUUUUAUAUGAAAUUUUCAAUAAAAUUAAAUUAUUAAUCAUAAUAUUUUAUCAUGCACACUAUUGGUGGGAUUCAAUUAAAAAAUGAAUCCAAUAAAUUCUGAAAUUAAAAUAUUAGCUAAGUCAUCUUUUCUACUCUUAAAAAUAAAACUAAAAUAAAAUAAUCUUUUAACUUAAUCAAUUUUACAUUAGUCUAUGUUUGUUUUAAAUGUUUCACAGUCAAAAUAAACUAAUACUUUAUUUUUUCAAUUUUUUUUUGAUGAAAUGUUAAAUUUAUUUAACAUCAAAGGAUAAAAUGUUUAUGUACACAAAGAAUCAUAAAAAAAGAAAUUCAGAACUAUAAAUCUACAAGUGUGCUCUAAACCAAAGCUGUAGAAAGCCUCUCAAACGUGGCUUAUGUUUGUUUUAAAUAUUUUUGUCGAUUUUGUAAUGGUCUAAAAUAUUUUACAUAUUUUGACUAAACAACUCACUCGAUGAUGCAAUAAUAAAACAUCAACUUUUAUCUAUUUCACCCUUAUAUAUUAUUAUAAUAUUUUUGUAAAUAUAUUAUAAGAUUCAACUAAAACUUGAUUACGCUGACGCUAUGCUUUCUCUUUUUUACUUUUAUUUUUCAAAAAUGAAUGAUAACAUAUACAAAAAUUAGAUGUUUGAACAGAAAUAGAAUGACACAAAAGUAAGAUAAAUAGGAUAAAGAGGAAUGUAAUAUAAGUUUUAAUAAUUAAACGUCUGAUUAAUCGUAUGUGAUUAAACAUUUGGUAUUUAUUAUGCUUUCUACUUUUAUAUAUAUAUGCUGAGUUAAAAAUAUUUUUUAUGAAAUAAUUAAGUUAUCCUAAAAUAUAAGUAACAUUUUUAAUGGUACAGUACAUGGUUAAAAGUUAAUGUUAUGUAAUAAUUUUAAACUAGUAAAUUAGAUAAAUUAAAAUAUAGUCGAAAAUCUGAGUGGUGGCAUGGUGAUUACAUUUGUAUCACUAUGCUGCAUCACCUUCUCUUAAUCGGAUACUACAGUUAACCUAUACAUAAUUAACUAAUCACCACGCACCGCACAUGGAUAGUAUUUAUAAAUAUAUCACUAUUCUACCUGUCCUCUGUAACGCGAUAUUACAGUUGACCUAUUUAAUGUUAACAACUAUAAAAUUACUAAUCCCCACACGUCGCACAUGGAUAACCCCUUAAAAACCAGGCAAGAACGUUGUUACCCCGUCAAUAUCAUUUGCUAUUUCUCUGCAUAAAUAAAAAUGAGGGAAGGAGGAGGGGAUGUGUUGUCAUGGCCUCUUCUCAAAGAUCAAGAAAAGAAAAGUAGUGUGAAGGAAGAAGUGAAGAAGCAGCUAUGGCUAUCGGGUCCGCUAAUGGGAGUGAGUCUUCUUCAGUAUUGUCUACAAGUCAUCUCCGUCAUGUUCGUCGGCCAUCUUGGCUCUCUUCCUCUCUCCACCGCCUCCUUAGCCACCUCUUUCGCAUCUGUCACCGGUUUCAGCUUUCUCAUGGGAACAGCAAGUGCGUUAGAUACACUUUGUGGCCAAUCGUACGGAGCGAAGAAGUACGGAAUGUUGGGGAUACAAAUGCAAAGAGCAAUGUUUGUUCUUACACUACUAUCUGUUCCUCUCUCCAUCAUCUGGUAUAACACAGAGCACUUCCUCGUCUUCUUCGGGCAAGACAAAUCCAUUGCUUCACUCGCUGGCUCCUAUGCAACAUUCAUGAUCCCAAGCAUCUUCGCCUACGGUCUACUUCAAUGCUUAAACAGGUUUCUUCAGGCGCAGAACAAUGUGUUUCCUGUGGUCCUCUGCUCUGGAAUAACCACUUGUCUUCACGUCCUCCUUUGUUGGGUCUUGGUUCUGAACUCGAGUUUAGGGUUUAAGGGAGCUGCUGUGGCUAACUCUAUCUCGUAUUGGCUGAAUGCUCUUCUCCUAUUCUCCUACGUCAAGCUAUCGCCUUCUUGCUCACUGACUUGGACCGGUUUUUCUAAGGAGGCUCUACAAGACAUCAUCCCUUUUACGAGACUAGCUAUUCCUUCUGCACUUAUGGUUUGCUUGGAGAUGUGGUCCUAUGAGCUUGUUGUUCUCUUAUCAGGUCUUCUUCCAAACCCAGUUAUUGAAACUUCUGUUCUCUCAAUCUGCGUUAACACAUCAGGAAUAGUUUGGAUGAUCCCGUUUGGUCUUAGUGGCGCUGCAAGCACCAGGGUAUCAAAUGAGCUAGGAGCAGGAAAUCCAAGAGUGGCUAAGCUUGCAGUGCAUGUGGUCAUUUGCUUAGCAAUUGUAGAAAGUAUAGUGAUUGGAUUGAUUUUGAUAGUGGUAAGGAAUCUAUGGGGAAUGGCUUACAGUAGUGAACCAGAAGUAGUCAAUUACAUAGCCUCGAUGAUGCCGAUUCUCGCCUUAGGCAAUUUCAUAGACAGUAUUCAAUGUGUUCUCUCAGGGGUCGCUAGAGGAUGCGGGUUGCAGAAGAUAGGAGCAUUGGUGAAUCUUGGCUCAUAUUAUUUGUUUGGAUUACCUUCGGGAUUGUUACUUGGUUUUCACUUUCACUUUCGUGGUCGGGGGCUUUGGCUUGGAAUCAUAUGCGCAAUGGUUGUUCAAGUUAUAUGUCUUUCACUUGUCACCAUCUUUACAAAUUGGGAUGAAGAGGCCGAGAAAGCUUCAAAAAGAAUUCAGUCUUCUUCUUCAGAUGUGAAGGAUGCUUUAACCGAUAACGACUCAACUGUUGUCUUCUAAGAAACCUUAUAACUAUGGAGAUCACUAAUUAUACAUUUUGAUUAAUUUGAAUAAAAGAAUAAAUGCUUUCUUUGAAUAUAACAAGUCCAUGGUUGUCACUUAUAUAUUCUUAUUUUUUUUGUCACUUCACUUAUAUAUUCAAAAUAUUAAGCUUUUUAUUUUAGAAAGUGAAAAUCAUUAUAUCUUUUA